GAAAUGCUGUGUUUGUAAUUCUCUGCUCUGACACAGUUGCAUUCAUUUUCUUCAGAGCAGAUAUUCCUCAAAGGUUUUGUGUUUAUAACGCCGUCGUGUUUUAGAUAAAACUACAACCCGUCAGUCAUGGCAGGUCUAAAAUUCGCAGGUAUGGACGAUACAGAUAGUGAGGAUGAGUUACCUCCCGGAUGGGAAGAGAGGUCCACGAAAGACGGCUGGGUCUACUAUGCAAACCAUGAUGAGAUGAAGACACAGUGGGAACACCCGAAGACAGGAAAGAAAAAGCGUUGUGCUGGAGAUUUACCAUAUGGUUGGGAGGAAGAAACGGAUGAAAAAGGACAUAUGAUUUAUGUUGAUCACAUUAACAAGCGGAGCACCUAUUUUGACCCGCGGCAGGCAUUUACAGUAGAGGAUGUGGUGGUGAAGCCAAAACGGUAUGAUGGAAACACUGCUGCUCUUGAGAUCCUGCAGGGUCGUGAUUUCUCCGACAAGGUUGUCCUCAUUACUGGAGGCAACUCUGGCAUUGGCUUUGAGACAGCCAGGUCUUUUGCUCUUCAUGGCGCCCAUGUGAUCCUGGCGUGUCGAAACCUGUCCCGGGCCAUCAAGGCAGUUGGCCUCAUUCAGCAGGAGUGGCACAAAGCAAGAGUAGAAGCCAUGAUGUGUGACCUGGCCUCCCUCCGCAGUGUCAGGGAGUUUACUGAGUCUUACAAGGCAAAGAAACUGCCCCUUCACAUUCUGGUGUGUAAUGCAGCGGUGUGCACUCAGCCCUGGAGCUUGUCGGAGGACGGCCUGGAGUCCACCUUCCAGAUCUGCCAUCUCGGUCACUUCCUGCUUGUCCAGUGCCUCGAGGACGUGCUGCGUAGCUCCGCCCCCGCCCGUGUUGUGGUGGUAUCUUCUGAGUCCCACAGGUUCACAGACCUGUUGGACUCAUGUGCCAAAGUGGACUUGGCCCUGCUGUCACCCCAAAGGAAGGAGUACUGGUCCAUGCUGGCUUACAAUCGAGCCAAACUCUGUAACGUCCUCUUCAGCAACGAGCUCCACCGGCGGCUUUCACCUCACGGUGUCACCUCCAACACAGUGCAUCCUGGGAACAUGAUGUACACCUCCAUUCACCGGAGCUGGUGGCUGAUGACCUUUCUCUUCUCUCUCGCCAGACCUUUCACCAAGUCCAUGCAACAAGGGGCGGCCACCACGGUGUACUGUGCCGUAGCUCCGGAGCUGGAGGGGUUAGGUGGCAUGUACUUCAACAACUGCUUCCGCUGCCUGCCGUCCAUACAGGCCCAGGACCAGAGCAGCGCCGCCAGCCUGUGGGAGCUGAGCGAGCGCCUGGUUGCAGAGAGGUCAGCAGGCAUACAGGCCCUCUGAUAGACAGAAGAGGAGGGGGAGGACGUGGACUAGCCAAACAGGAAUCAAAGAUGGCGGAUCACGGUGAUGUCCAGUUUAGUCUGAAACUGUACUCUGACUGCAUAAUACAAGGGAGCUGCCAAGUCCAUCUGGAUAUGUAACAUCACUACAGGGGCUAAAACACACUACACAUACAGUACAGGAGGGGGUUUCAUAUACACUCUACUGAAUAAAUUAAAGUUUAAAUUAUGUUCAGCUCUGCUGUGGUUGUUUACAAUGGGAGGUGGGGGCCGAAGAAUUUUUGGGACGAAUUCAGGGAUCUUUUAAAGUUUGUUCUUUUUCUGUUUGUCUGUAACUUUUCAUAACUGUCUUGCUCACAAUACAGGGUUACCUAAUAAGCAUAUACUCUAUGGCAUAUGCAUCUGUUUCGAGUAAUAGUGCACUCCAUGGCAAAUACUGUGUGAUCCCAAUUAAAUACCCAAAUAUAUCCCUUGUCUAGUUCUAUGUAGAUGUCUUCUAUAGAGAUACAAAGAGCGUUGGUUCAUCUUUGUGCUAAAUCUUUUGGGGCAUAAAAUAAAUAAUAAGUACUGGGCUUGUGACACUCAUGGAUAUAUAAACACAUUGGGUAUGAUUCUCAUGGCUAUAUACAUUAUUCUUCAAUAAUUGUAUUUCUUAUCAAUGUCCCUAUUUGUUUUCUGUACAGUAUUUACAAUAUCCUGAUUUCUGGGCAUGUGCUAAAGGGGGUGUGGACAUCAUACUGUUUUCUGUUUGCUAUUUGAAUCAACCUACGUAUUAAUAAUCUAUACUCUGGUAAAUCUAAAUUACAAUUUGGAGUUAUUCUCGGGAUGAUCCGUGUCCAUUUGAAUGGCAAAUACAGAUGGUGGAGAAUCUUAUUUCCAGAGUCCAGGAUCUUUAAUUUCUGUGUUUCUUUCCUUGUUGUUGGAGUAGAAGAAUGUGAGUCUCCUGUUGUUGUUAUUUUUUCAUCAUUGUUUAAAUAUUGAACUCUGGCUUUGGGUUGGCUGUGGAUUGGUUGCCCUGAAGCUGCUGUGUGGACACGUUUGAGACAUUGUGCUUUAUGGCAGUCCGGGUGCCGUAGGUUGCUCUUGAAACAUCAGCAUUCCAGUGUCAUGAUAUCUGUAAGAAAAACGAAUG